CGUAUUCGAGCGGAUCAAUAAACAAAACAUUCAAAACUACGCAUAAUUUUGCGUUUGUUUUCUUUGUAUCGUCUCGUAUUUAAAGCUAACUUGUUGCAAUCGUCGCUUGAAAGACAAAAAGCCGGUUAAAUAUCGGGCUGGGGUGUUAAAAAGAACAACAACAAUAUCUGUUAUGACGUUUCGGCAGGUUAUAUAUGGCGAAGCUGGCAUCUAAACAGGACCUUGUUAAAAGCUGAUUUUUAAACCAACAAUAAAUCGAGGAGGAUUUCUUGUUUAACGAUGCAUAGCGAUCUGUAAAAAGUACUCGAAGAGACAUAUCGUGUCAUCAUGGUCUGAGUUUCUGCCAUGCACGAAAACGUUUGAAACUCACACUAAUAAUUCGGGAUCCAAAAUAUUUGGCCAUAUUUUUUUGUAAACAUUGAGAUGAACUGCACGUGCGGUGAUGACUGUACGUGUAUGCUCUGGAUGAGCGAAAAGGACAGAAAUAAGGCUUAUAAAAACUCUGUGUUUCGUUUGAUUCAAGAAAGAAAGCGAUCGGGGGGCGUUUACCCAAACAAAGUACUAAAAUCGUACGUUACAAGAAGGUUACCUCACGUCUUUCGGGCUAAGGAUUUUACAAUGGGAACUAUCGAUAAGAUAUUCGCCUCUCAUUGGCUUGAUGACAGAAAUGUUGUGUAUGGAACUAAAUGCAAUAAACUUUGUAUUUUGGACACUUGCUCUGGCAAAUCAUCCACAAUACCAAUGAUCAAAGGAGAAACAGCAAUGGAACUGGAAAACAACUGUGGUAUACACAGUCUUGAGAUCAAUCCAUCAAGAACUUUGCUUGCCACUGGUGGAGAUAGCCCUAAUGAUCUUGCUAUCUAUAAAUUACCAGAGUUUCACCCGUUGUGUCUGGGAGUGGAGCACAAAGACUGGAUUUUCAGCAUUGUGUGGUUAAAUGAUUACUUAGUUGCAACAGGCUCUCGUGAUGGAUGUCUGGCUGUUUGGGACAUAAGAAGCGAAUCAAAUACAGAGGAUUUCUCAGAUUCAUUGCUGAUAAAAUCUCCAGUAAGGUCCCUGACAAGUAUUCAUUCAGAUGAACGAUUUAGAGCUAUUCAGUACAACCCUGUUUCAAAUGAAUUAGCAAGUUUAUCCACAAAAGCCAUCCUUCAUAUUUGGGAUGCAAAUAGACUGACAACAAUUUCCUCAGUGGAUUUACCUUACCAGCAAGAAAACGUCUGUCUGUCGCUGGAACCUGGUAAUUCACUGUAUGCAGUUGGUUCUCAAUCACACGUCACCAUGCUAGAUGGGCGAUGCCCAUCAUCAUUUCUCUAUUCAGUGGAAUCAAUUGAAAAGGAUGCAGGCAUCCGUUCUCUCUCGUUUCACCACGAGGUGGUGACAAUUGGUUCAGGCUUUGGUACCUGUUCAUUUCUGGAUUUAAGAACUUGCAGAUACAUCCUGAAGCCAGAUGGAAAAAUUUGCCAACUGAAAGCUGGAGAAGGAUGGUUGCGCCGUGAUGAGUUUUUCUAUACGUUGUUUGGUGAAAUGUAUUUCCCAACUGCAAUAUACACACAUUGUUAUGAUCCAUCAGGCAGCAAGCUCUUCACAGGUGGCGGGCCAUUGGCUGUAGGACUGUACGGAAACUACGCUGCUCUUUGGCAGUAACAGAUUUGAUUGUAGGUUAAUGGUUUUGAAAUAAUGAAGUGACAUAAUGCAGGCAGCAUGAAAUGAUACAAUUUCAGGAUUACAUGCAUGUAGGAAGAGUUGUGAAUGAGAAAUUUGGGUGUAAAUAAUUGGAUGAUUUAGGAGGUUAUUUAAUUAAAUUAAUUAAACA